AAAAAAUAACAUAACAUAAACCCUUUCGAUUUGUUUCGUCUCAGCACCGCCGCGCAGCCACAAGCAACCCUUCGGAAACCAAUCUCAGCAACCAAUCCACAAAAAUGGUGAGCCAAAAACAACGACUCGCUCGAAAACGAUUCAAAGAAGAACACCCUGAAAACUUCCCCAAAGUAGAACCCACUCCACCAAAAGACCCAUCAAAGAAAAAGAAGAACAAAUUCAAACGCAAAAAACCCGAUUCAAAAACCAAACCCUCCGGAAAACGUCCCCUUCGAGUUCCCGGUAUGAAACCCGGUGACAGUUGUUUCAUUUGCAAGGGAUUAGAUCAUAUUGCAAAGUUUUGUACUCAAAAAGCUGAAUGGGAAAAGAAUAAGAUAUGUUUGCGGUGUAGACGGCGAGGUCAUAGAGCUCAGAAUUGUCCUGAUGGUUCUAAAGAUGUUAAGAAUUGUUAUAAUUGUGGUGAUAAUGAUCAUUCUCUUGCUAAUUGUCCUCUUCCUCUUCAAGAAGGUGGAACAAUGUUUGCUGAAUGUUUUGUUUGUAAUCAACAAGGACAUUUGAGUAAAAAUUGCCCUAAAAAUACUCAUGGAAUUUAUCCAAAGGGUGGUUGUUGUAAACUAUGUGGUGGUGUGACACAUUUGGCGAAGGACUGUCCUGACAAAGGGCAAAAUGGAUUUGGUGGUGGUCGUGCUAAAGGGCCUGCUAACGCAUCAUCUGGAAUGGCUGUUAAUGAUGAAUGUAAAUUGAAGUUUCUAGAAUUAAAGGCAAAGAGAAACUAUCGUUAUAUUGUGUUUAAGAUUGAGAACCAAGAAGUGGUAUUGGAGAAACUUGGAGGUCCAGAACAAACCUAUGAAGACUUUAGUGCAUCUCUUCCUGCUGAUGAGUGUCGUUAUGCUGUCUUUGAUUUUGAUUUCACCACUGCUGAAAACUGCCAGAAAAGCAAGAUUGUCUUCAUUGCAUGGUCUCCUGAGGUAUCAAAGGUGAGGCAUAAGAUGGUAUAUGCUAGCACCAAGGACAGAUUCAAGAGGGAACUUGAUGGCAUUCAAGUUGAGUUGCAAGCAACAGAUGCUGGUGAAAUGAGCUUGGAUAUCAUAAAAGCACGUGCAGUAUAA